CUACCAGUUCUCGUCAACUAUUUAUAUCCGAAUUACUUAUGGUCGAUGUAAACUUAUCUAAAUUGAAUCCUGCUCGCAGAACCACCGCCAAUUUGGCUAGAUGGGGUGCAACGUGGUGCAUCCAACCCGACAAAAUACAAUAUAUAUGUAUAGAUGCAUAUAUUAUUGCAUUAGAGAAUAGCAACUGAAACAAAAAUAAAAACAUUGUCCAACUUCCAUUAUUCCUUGCAAUGAGACACAAGGCAUUGCUUCCCAGUGAGGCCACCCAAAACUGGAAAAAUACUAAACCCAACCUCCUCACCAUGUGCGUGAGGGCCUUCCAAAGCAACCUCCGAAAGCCUUCAACCCCACCUUCUUCCCCUCCCAACCUCCUCUCUUCAAACUCCCCCACCCCCCUCCCAAGGCUCCAAUCCCAGCGGCAUUUAAAAGUUACUCCACCCCCCUCCCAAUGCCUCCUUCCCUCACUCUCCCCGACCAUCCCCCGCCACCCCAAUUGAAACCACCAACCAGUUCCGGUUCCGAAAAUCCAUGGGGCCAUCAAGGCAGCUCUUUGCCUCUGUUUUGGUGCUGCUCCUUUCAUUCCACCUCUCUAUGUGCUGCACCUUCACCAUAUAUAACAACUGUCCGCAUGCGAUCUGGCCCGGGACGCUGGCCGGGGCGGGGACGCCGCAGCUGCCGACGACCGGCUUCCGGCUCGAACCGGGCCGGAGCGAGCGGAUAGCGGCCCCGCCCGGGUGGUCGGGCCGGUUCUGGGCGCGGACCGGGUGCGAGUUCGACGCGGAGGGGGCGGGCACGUGCCAGACAGGUGACUGUGGGGGCCGCAUGGAGUGCGGCGGGGCCGGGGCCCUCCCUCCCGCCACGCUCUUUGAGAUCACCCUCGGUAAGAGCAAAGACCGGGACUUCUACGACGUCAGCCUCGUCGACGGCUACAACCUACCCAUCGCCGCCGCGCCCCGGGUGCCUCGCGGGAGGUGUAACAUUACCGGAUGCGUAGCGGAUCUCAACAGCGCUUGCCCGAAAGAGCUUCAAGUAGACGGGGAUGGUGGAGUGGUGGCCUGCAAGAGUGCUUGCGAAGCCUUUGGGCUGGAUGAGUACUGCUGCAGUGGGGAGUUUGGCAACCCAACCACUUGCAAGCCCUCUUACUACUCGAGCAUCUUCAAGACUGCCUGCCCAAGGGCUUACAGCUAUGCGUACGAUGAUGGAACCAGCACCUUCACUUGCAAGGCCUACGAUUACACCAUCGUCUUCUGCCCCAAUGCCAACGGGAUGAAGAGGUCAGAUGGGUUUUCUACAGGCCAAGCAAUAAAUGGACAUGGAGAUGAAAGUGAACCCCUGGCGAUGGCCUCAUCUGCGACCGUGGUAUCAUUUCACCUAUGCUUCCUUCUCCUGUCCGUUCUCUUUUUCUAGGCGGCUCUGAAUGAUCUGAUUGCCUCAGCUGUCGCGAACAAAGCUGGGGCUCGGUGACAGGCUGACCUGAGAAUUAAAAGCUCGUUCAAAGAAAAUACGGCUGUACAACCAGCUUUACAUCAUGCGAAUCCAGGAGAUAGAUCUCGAGCAAAAAAGGAUAUGGAACUGAAAAGAUGAAGAACACCUGUGUACACUCCAGAAGAAAAAAGAGCAAAAAAUUUAUUGCAGAGACUCUCUAACCGGAGGUCAUCCUAAUAAUUUCUUUGCGAUUUCAUACUUACCAUAAACCUUGUAUAACACUAUCUGAAAGCAAAAGCAAAAAAUGAGAAGGAUACUAGAAACUGGAGGUAAUAAUAUAGAGUUGUUUAAUAAUUGUUAUUGGUGUAAAAGUCAAUAACACAAAUGAAAUGCUGGAUAGUGCUUUGCUCAAAAAAAAAAAAA